GGCCUUUGGAUGUGGAGUUUAUAUGAAAGCUCUACAUGAGAAAGUUAACAUCGUUCCGCCGCAUUCCUGGCAAAAGCAGACACACUCACCCCUAAUGAGGUCAAGAAAAGAAAUUCAAGAUCCGAGAGGAGAUCGAGCAGUCCCGGCAUCAAGAUCUACCAGUUCCCCGACUGUUGACUCUGACGAGGGACGAGACUUCAAGCAGCAGCCAUUCAGCUGAAGGAAAGCAUCCCCUUCGCAGUGAUCGGCAGCAACACGGUGGUGGAGGCCAAAGGGAAGAGGGUGCGAGGCCGACUCUAUCCCUGGGGCAUCGUAGAGGUGGAGAACUCGGCCCACUGUGACUUUGUGAAGCUGAGGAAUAUGCUCGUCCGUACGCACAUGCAGGAUCUGAAGGACGUGACCCGGGAGACUCACUACGAAAACUACAGAGCUCACUGCAUCCAGAGCAUGACCCGCAUGGUGGUCAAGGAGCGCAACCGCAAUGGAACAGAAAUGAACAGGAGAACUGAGCAGACAUUUCAACAGCGUAAACUCACCAGAGAGAGCGGCACGGACUUCCCCAUCCCUACGGUGCCCGGAGUGGACGAUGAGACAGAAAAGCUCAUCCGAGAGAAAGACGAGGAGUUGCGGCAGAUGCAGGAGAUGCUGGAGAAGAUCCAGGAUCAGAUUCAAACUCAGAAAGACGGCUAUUAACACAGGACAGUGUCUCUCUGUAACUGGGAUGAAAAGAUUUAAGAAACACAGGAUACCUUUUGUCCCUUUUCAAGAACAUUGACUUCCCUCUCUGUCCACCCACCUCCACCUCGUCAGCAGCACCCUUCUCUCGGAUCAGGGACCUGCGAGGAGGCGGUGCGAUGUUCUCACGUCUGCAGCUUCCUUUAUCCUCUCUCACUUUACCACUGCUGAAAAAACACCACACCCUCUUCUGUUCUGUCAAAAAUGAUAACUUAAUGAUAAGGAUGGUUGAAGAGCAGCGUAUGCUGCGAUCUGAUUUUCCAAACAUCUGAUUUGCUAGCCACAUGAUCACAGGGUUGUUUUAUUUUCCUUUUUUUUACAUGAAGUCUGAUAUGAGGUUUACAUGUGGGGACCUGCUCAGAUUUUAAAGCACAUAUUUCUGGUGCAAUUGUUUAUUUCUAUUAUCUAUAGGUCAACAUGCAUACUAUUUAAUUUUCUAUAUGAAAGAUUUUUGUUCCUACUUUUAUUUGGACUUCACUGCGUGAUAGUACGUAUGGUUGAUUGUUUUAUGUUGGUUUCCCUUCAGCUGAGGUUCCUGAUUGUUCAUCUGGUUUAUGGAUUGUUAAGAUUCAUUUUGAUUUAGUGUAAGUGUCUGCAUGUUUAUCAUUGGUGCCACCUCUGCUGCCUGACAUCAUGGAUGCUCAACAAUGGCCAGUCUUAACGCACUGCAACGCUAACUUAUUGCCAUGUCAACGUUCAAAUAAUCUCACUUUUCACAUGACAAAUGAGUCCUUUAUUGUUUGGAGAAUUCCCCCAAAACAGAGUUGUUUCAAAGUGAUUUUCUCUCCUGAUAAAACCACCAACUGUUCACAUGUGAGAGCUGAUGAUAGGACUUUGAAUAUUAGGCUUGCAUGAGAAGGGCCAUGCAGUGUAUUUAUUUUUGCAUGUGUGUGAAGGUUUCUCUGAUUGCAGAUCAAUUUAGUGAUCAUAAGGUUAUUUAUGGGCAAUGAAAAAUAUGUAGCUACUUAGUUGUUGGGGAAAAGAUAUUGAAAAGAGGUGGAUUUUAUUUUUCUUCUUCCGUUUGGUAUAAUUUUGUCCUUAAGGGAACUCAUGAGUUGUGUGCUAACCUUAAUGUUUAUCGUAUAACCAAAGCCACAAUGACCAACUUCAUUUUCCAACAUUUUUGAUUUGAUUUGACAUGAAGAAUAGGACUUGUCAAAGCCAAGAGUAAUGAACACAUGUAUUGGAUGAACUUGAUUCUCUUGUUAUAUGUACUUUUGUUACCCCUUUUUUGGAAAUUAGAUAACCCCGCCAUGUUGCGUGACCUUUGUUAUGUAAAAAAAGAAUUACAUUCCUCGAAUUCUGUCCCAGAGUCAGGUAUUGCUAUUGUUUCUGAAUUUGUUUUAUAUUAAAUUUGUUUUUUGUUAUCCUACUUUUUGGAGUAUAUUUAUGUAAUAAGAUUAUAAAUGAAAUGAGGAUGGAGAAGACAAUAUGUACAAAUUCUAAUAUUUUAAUAAAAUAUGAAUAUCAUUUCAUGUCUCCAUCUGACAUUGGGUUUUGCUUUUAUGUUGUAAAAAUGUAAGCAGAAGUGAAUGAUGUGGCUUGAUUUUAAUAAAUAAUUUAACCUGUAA